AUGGCUCCUCUUGUUUGGCUCAUUACGGGAAGCACCUCAGGCUUUGGCGCCGAGUUUGUCAAGGCACUCCUUGCUAAAGGAGAUAAAGUCAUUGCUACAGCUCGCGACACCUCGAAGAUAGCCCACUUUCGUGAAGCCGGCGCGGCUGUACUGAAAUUGGACCUCCUUGCCGACCAGGCCGAGUUCGACAAGGUGGCCCAGGACAGCCUCAGCAUCUACGGCAGUGUUGAUGUGCUAGUCAACAAUGCAGGCUACUCCCACUUUGGAACCAUAGAGGACGACAGCCAGGAAGAUUGGAACAAAGUCUUUCAGACGCACCUUUUUGGACCACUUGGUACCACUCGAGCCUUCUUACCUCAUUUUCGAGCACGCAAAUCUGGGACAUUUGUCUUCAUAGGAUCGACCGCCGCGUGGGGAGGUAUUCCUACCCUAGGGGCGUAUUGCGCUUCUAAAAGCGCCUUGAGAGGUGCUGUUGAGGCCCUUAAUCUUGAGGUUGCACCAUUGGGGCUCAAGACACUUCUUGUAGAGCCAGGUUUCUUCCGCACCGAACUGCUCAACGCCAACAACACUGUCUAUGUUGAGACGAAGAACCCGGACUACAAGCCUAUUGUUGAUCCGCUCUAUGCCCAAUUUAAGGGAGCUCAUCAACAGCAACCUGGAGAUCCCGCCAAGGCGGUUUCUCGCAUCAUUGACACGGUCGGAUCCAGAGGAAGUGCUCAGGGGCGACCCUUACCUGUCAGCCUUGCCCUUGGACCGGACGCAGUUUCUCAGUUGACCAAGAAGUGUGCUGACACAAUUAAACUGGUGGAUGACUGGAAGGAGGUUUCUUCUGAUACUUUGCUGUAG